AUUAAAAGCACUCACAAAACAAACUUCGCUUCAGUGACUGCUGUUUAGUGCUGUGCUGUGCUCAGAGACACUAGUGGAGAAGAUUACAACCACUGAUGGGUAAUCCUUAAAAAACAGACCAGCAGAAGUCCAAACAUUAUGCUUCUGUAUGUGAAUUAAUGUGAUGGGCCUCUAAAUCUCUGUAACCAUGGGUUUAAGUGACAUUGUGGGACUGAAUGUGACCCCAGUUUGGCUCGUGACCACAGUGGUGUUGAUCACAGCUGCUGUAUUUUAUCUCUACAGUCUGAUGCUUCGGCAUUUAGCCAAGACAACUGUGAAGAACAAAGUGGUGCUGAUUACUGACUCACUGUCAGCGCUUGGAAAGGAAUGUGCGAAACUCUUUCACACCAGUGGAGCCAGACUGAUCCUCUGUGGAAAUAACUGGGAGAAGUUAGAGGAUUUAGCUGAGCAGCUGACAGAUGAAUCAGAUCCAACAAUUACGUUUUCGCCCAAACUCGUGGAGCUGGACUUCAUUGAUAUGGAAAGUGUUCCAGAUGUGAUUUCUGAAAUCCUGGAGUGUUAUGGAUGUCUGGAUAUUCUGAUCUUCAACAGCAGCCUGAAGGUUAAGGCUCCUGUACAGAAUCUGUCUCUAGAGAUGGACAGAACUGUCAUGGAUGUGAACUACUUUGGGCCCAUGACGUUGGCUAAGGGUGUACUUCCAUCCCUGAUCUCCAGGAGGACAGGUCACAUUCUUCUAGUCAACAGCAUUCAGGGGAGGCUGACCGUGCCGUUCCGUGCCACCUAUGCCGCCUCUAAGCACGCGGUUCAGGCUUUCUUUGACUGUUUGCGGGCUGAAGUUCAGCAGUAUGGUAUCACAGUGAGCACCGUCAAUCACACAUUUAUAAAAUCUCCCAGCACAGAGGACGAGGCAAUGCGCACAACCUUCACUAAACAGAAGUCCUUUGGUGUGAACCCUAAACAGAUUGCAAGUGAAAUUCUGAAGACUUUGAGUAGCAAGAAAAAGGAGAUUUUAAUGGCUCGCUCCUUUUCCAAAGCAGCAAUCUACACGAGGUCUCUCUUUCCCAACCUCUUCUUUGCCAUCAUGGCAGCAGGAGUCAAGGACACCACGGCUGUGGAGUGGCCUGAUGAAUGAGAUCAACAAAAGGAAACAUUUUUCAGUUGGGCUUAAUGUACCAAUUAAAUGUUUCAUUGUGGCACAGUUCUUAAAUUAUAAGAUCUUGCUAAGUGCCAAUAUUAUGCUCAUGUAAUGGCCAAUAUUAUAGUAUCUUUAGCCACAUUAUUGAUACAAUGUGCUAACAAACACAUUUAAAAAAGCUUUGGGGUAAAGUUAACCAGUCAGUCAGUGGCAGUGGACGGGGCUUUGUUAGUGUGACGUCACAUUAACAAAAAUCAAAACGGCAUGUCUAAUAAACCCAGCCAACACACCCAUGUGGGGCCCAAAGUGGUUGCACCUGGCUGACCCAGCUAAUUUUGUCCUCAGUUUCCAUGGUUGCCCCACAUGUGUUAGCCUAGAUGACUGAUGGGUGAUGAAUAAUCCACAGUAUCAAAACAAACACAAGAAAGCACAAGCACCACAUCCAACAACGUCUGACAAAAGACACCUGAAACACUAGGGCAAUACACAAAAUAAUAAGACACACCUGAUGAGAUAAUCAACUGGGAAGCAAUGAACAAAAGAACUACAAAAUGACUACAACCCUGCUGAAAAAAACAGCAUCAAACCAGCAUGGAAAUUAUGCUGGUCUAUGCUGGUUUAGCUGGUGGUCACCAGCAUACCAGCACGAAAUCACAACAUAUGCUGGUAUGACCAGCAUGGGAUGCUGGUGCUAAUGCUGGUUUAGCUGGUGCUAAUGCUGGUUUGGUGCUGGUUUAGCUGGUGCUAAUGCUGGUGCUGAUGCUGGUUUGAUGCUGGUUUAGCUGGUGUUCACUAGCAAACCAGCACCAAAACACAACAUAUGCUGGUCUUGCUGGUAUGCUGUUUUUUUCAGCAGGGAAGCAUGAGGCAGAAACAAAAACUCAAAAUACAGACAUAAAAGUAAAAAACACAGAACAGGACCGUGACACUUGUAUUCUUCAUGGUUUACUUUAUUAAGCAAAGAUUUUUAUUACAUAAGACCUAGCUAGCUGGGUCCCAUCACUAAUGUAGGCACCAAGUGGGAGCAACCUGGUUAACCCAUAUGGGCGCUAUACAGAACCCAUCAAGGACCCAUCAUCAGCCCAUCUGGGACAAAAUUAGCUGGGUCCCAUUUGGGGAGCCUAUGUGGGCCCCACAUUAAUAUCAGCCCAGGUGCAACCCCUUUUGGCACCAGCCCGCAGACAGUCAAAGACAGCCUGAACUGCACGCUUAGAGGUGGCAUCUGAACAAAGCAUAGCAAACUAUAUUAAUCUCCUAAGACCCGAGCUUUGGUUUGUCUUUUUUUUUCAGAUUUCUCUCCAAUUUUGGGGUUAGAAGAACCAAUAAAUAUAAUAACCAAUUUUUUUCUUAGAACAUGAAGCAGUGUUAUUGUCCACAUUUGUGUGCAACAGGUUCCAGUUACACAAAAUUAAGAAUUAUGGUGCAAACAACAAAAAAAUGUGAUGUCCACAAUGACCUCAAUCAAGGUCUUGGGAGGUUAACAUUGCUAUUACACUGAAAAAAAAUAACUUAAAAAUAAGUUAAAUUUACUUAAUAAAAUCCUCGUAACAAUUAAAGGGACAAUAAGUAGGAUUGUAGUGGUGAAAUUGUAUUUUCCAUUCAAACGAAUAGUGCUCUCUAGCGCCUCACUUUUCCAAAUGCGUGUUGCAACUACGGUAGAUGUUAUGUAUUCACUGAUCUCCUUGUCCGUUUCAGCUGGUUCACGUGUUCUGAAUAAAAACGCGUUGUGGAAACGCGUUGGUAGGCUAGUGCUUUUUGUCCCUCUCUGCUAUUAUAGUUUAGCAAUACGGCGGAACGAUAUGGAAGCCUCUCUGGACUUACCCGUUCAAUGUAAAUAAAGAGAAGAAAUUCUAAGCUUACAAAGAAAAGUCAGAUCACUGGCAGAGGUCAUUUGACACCAACAAGGACAUAUUUAUGAAUAAAGACAUUGAUUUUGAUUAAUAAAACACUUAAAACCUUACUUACUGUCCCUUUAAGUAAAAUUUACUGCUUUAAUUUCAAGUACAACGUACCUACCAAAAUCAAAUAAAAUGUCUGGGUUGUAUGGUGAGUUCAACACAAACACCAUUGAUUGUUUUUUUAAGUUCAAAUGUCAAAACAGCAACAAUUUUAGUGAAAUACAGUAUGUGCACUAUAUACCCAUGUAAUCAACCUACUGUAUGGAAUUAAUUAUGUUUGCACUUGUUAUAUUUGCUAAAACAAAAUGAGUCCUUUGUGUAGCCCAUGCACACAUUUCCCAUUAAUGACCCAACUAGGAACCACAUGGGGAACCCACCUUGCUGGUCCUAACUGGGUAACCCAAAUGGGCCCUGGAAAAGAUGCCAAUUUUGAGCCCACUUUGUACCCAUGUGUAAACAACGUGGGCCUCACAUUCGUGUUUGCUGGGAAGUCUGCUGUGGUUUAAUUGUGGUUUAAAAGAAGGAGUGCAUGGAUUUUUUUUCAUUGUAGGGUGGUUGUGUUCACACAUUGCCAACACACAUUUAUGUCCAAACACUUUGUAGAAUUGAAUUUUGCAUAUAUGGGCCCUUUACUACAUUUGAAUGCAGGGAUUGUGACUGUUUAAUAAAUUGCUGUGAUUGAU